ACCACAACCCUCCUCAGGAAGAGACACUAUCGCCAUCAUCGUCGACAACAAUGGGCGGCGGAACCCCCUUCUCGGAGGCCACCGCUGGUGCCUCCAGCUACCCGCAACUGAACUUCACCCCGAAGGGUCAACAGAUCCGCAACAUCUACCAGGACCGCCUGAAGCAGUUCACCGCGCCGGGGCAAUACGAGAGCAAGAACCUCCGCUCAAUGUUCAUCAGCGACCGCGAGGACUCGGGCGAGUACGUCAAGCUGCAAGUCUACUCCGUCCCCGACCUGAAGCGCAUCCCAUUCGACGAGGCUGUCAAGAGCGAGUUCAAGAGCACUUCCAAGGGCCAGAGUUUCGGACCGUCGUGGUCGACGCAUUGGUUCAAGGUUAGGAUCACCGUGCCGACCAGGAUGCUGAAGCAGGAGAGGUUGGAGUUUCACUGGGAUGGGAAUUGCGAGGGGUUGGUAUGGACGAAGGAGGGUGAGCCGGUGCAGGGGCUUACCGGUGGUGGGGAGAGGGUUGAGUAUCAAAUUCCUGAGCGGUGGAGGGAUGGCAAGGAACAUUUGUUUUAUGUCGAGUUGGCGUGCAAUGGCAUGUUUGGGAACGCUCCUGGUGGGGACAGUAUUCAGCCACCGGAUCCGAAUCGAUAGUAGGUUUUCUCCUCCAUAAUGCUUGAGUGAAUCUGGCUAACCGUGGCUUGUUGGGCGGUGUGCGGUAGCUUCCAAUUGACAAAGGCAGAUAUUGUCGCGCCGAAUUUGCAAGCUCAAGGAUUGUACAUUGACUUCUGGAUACUGGGUGACGCAUCACGGGAGUUUCCUGGGGAUUCUUGGGUAUGUGCUUUGUGCCCGCCCACCCGCUUGCUGCCCGAGGCUGGCUAAUGCUACUUUAGGAAGCGCAUACGGCUACCCAGAUUGCCAAUGAAAUCGUCAACGCUUUCGUUCCCGGAUCCCAAGAGUCUAUCCUGAAAUGCCGGAAUAUUGCCGCAAGGUACCUUGGUGGCAAGGUCGAUUCUGCAAAGGUUUACGAUUCGGAUCUUGAGCCGGUAGUGUAUGGGAUCGGACACUGCCAUAUCGAUACUUGCUGGCUUUGGCCGUUUGAUGAGACGAAACGUGUGACUACUUUCCCACUUUUUUUCCGCCUUGUUUGUGUCAGGUCGUGAUUGGGUAUGGUGCUGAGUAUUGAUUAGGCAAGGUGGCACGUUCGUGGUCGUCCCAGUGCAAUCUCCUAGACAGGUACUCGGAGCACCGAUUCACGGCUUCCUCUGCGCAGCAGUACAAGUGGCUUGAACAGUACUAUCCGAAACUCUUUGAGAGAGUUCGCAAUCAUGUCAAGAAGGGCACCUUUCAGUAUAUUGGUGGAAGUUGGGUCGAGCAUGACACGAAUAUGCCGAGUGGGGAGAGUUUGGUGAGACAGUUUAUCCUUGGACAGCGCUACUUUCAGAGCAGAUUCGGCGAGAGAUGUACCACUUUUUGGCUGCCUGGUGAGUUUGGAAUCUGACACGCGAACGGGAACAAAGUUAAAAGCGCGAGAACUGAUGAAAGAAAAAAAAAAAGACACCUUUGGAUAUAGUGCGCAAUUGCCGCAGUUGUGCAGGCUUGCGGGAAUGACGAGGUUCCUGACGCAGAAGCUUUCAUGGUACGAUUUUUUUUCUUUUUCUCCACGACGGAUACCGGUGUUUUGUCUCGGCGGCUGAUUUAUAUAAAUAGGAAUAAUAUCAACAAGUUCCCGCAUACGACUUUCAACUGGAUUGCCCUUGAUGGGUCUCAGGUCCUGUGUCACAUGCCUCCUAGUGAGACGUAUACUGCUCAGGCACACUUUGGCGAUGUCAAGCGGUCGGUUACGCAGCACAAGUCUAUGGGUGAGGAUGCUACGUCGCUGCUUGUCUUUGGUCACGGAGAUGGCGGAGGUGGGCCCACCGCCGAACAUAUUGAGAAGCUUCGUCGCUGCCGUGGGAUGAGCGACACGAUCGGCCUCCUUCCUCGUGUCAAGAUGGGUGACAGUGUCGACGACUUCUUCUCCCGGUUGGAGAAGAAGCAAGUGUCUGCAAAGAAGUUCGUGACUUGGUAUGGGGAGUUGUACUUUGAGCUUCAUAGAGGAACCUACACUACCCAGAGCAACAACAAGAAGAACAAUCGCCGAGCCGAGGUGGCAUUGAAGAACCUUGAACUACUGGCUGCGUAUGCCAGCUUAAGUAGUAGCUAUGGGUACAAGUAUCCGAAGAAGGACAUUGAUGAGUUGUGGGAAAUCAUAUGUUUGUACGAGUGCUUUCCUGCCCUUGUGCGCGCGUAUGCCCGUUGCUGACAACGAGGUGCAGAUGUCAGUUUCACGACUGCCUUCCUGGGUCAUCUAUCGAAAUGUGCUAUCGGGACUCUGAUAAGCUUUAUGCCGAACUUUUCCGGAGGUGUGGGGAACUCAUUAAUGCAGCUGGUCUGGCUCUUGGGAUUAAGUCUGCUCCGGGUUCUGAUACCAAGCCUUUUGCCGUGAAUACCCUUCCUUGGGAUCGCACGGAGCUUAUUAAGCUUCCGAAAGAGGUGGCUGGAGCUUGUCAGAAGGGGGCAGAUGGUAGUGAAUACGGGUUCCUGGGGAGCAAAGGGCUUGUUCAAAUUUCUGAGGACGGUCCGAAGGUUACUGGUGGGUUUCCCUUGGGUCAGGAGUAAUGUUCCGUACUGACACGGGGGGAUAGUUACCGAAACCACAAAGGAUGUUUACGUUCUUGCGAACGAUAAACUGCAGGUCACUGUCCAGGAUGGGGUAAUCACCAGCCUGAUUGACCGCGAGUUGGAGCGUGAGGUGAUUCCAGAGGGUGCUAGGGCUAACCAGUUGGUCAUCAUGGAUGACAAACCCUUGUACUGGCAGGCGUGGGACGUUGAGGUUUAUCACCUGGAGACUCGUAGGGAGUUGCCUGCGGGCAAAGUCUCGAUUUGUGAGAAUGGGCCGUAUAGGGCUAGCGUCCUUGUCGAGACCCGAAUUAGCAAGACCAGUUGGAUCAAGACUGUCAUUAGUCUUCAAGCCGCGGCGAAUGGCGCGGGUAGCUCUGUCGAGUUCGACAACGAAAUCGAAUGGAGGGAGGAUAUGAAGUUUUUAAAAGUUGAAUUCCCCGUGGAUGUUCACAACACAGAGGUAUCCAAUCCUGCCGUCAGUCAGGAGAGAGGCAUAUUGCUAACUUUCCAGGCUUCCUAUGAAACCCAAUACGGUAUCGUCCGCCGACCAACCCACUACAAUACCUCCUGGGACAUGGCCAAAUUCGAAGUCUGCUGCCACAAAUGGGCCGACCUGUCCGAACACGACUUUGGCGUGUCCAUCCUCAACGACUGCAAGUACGGCUUCGCCACGGUCGGAAACGUCAUGCGCCUUUCCCUGAUCCGAGCUCCAAAGGCUCCCGACGCACACGCAGACAUGGGACGCCAUACAUUCCGCUAUGCGAUUCUCCCACACCACGGGCCCGUCGGGGAAACCACCGUUCGCAUGGCUAUAGCGUUUAACAACCCGCUGCAGCUGGGCUAUGUCGCGGCCAGCGAGAUGGAGAGCGUGAGCAAACUAAUGAGUACCAUUAGCAUCGGAGGUGGGAGCAAGAGCAUAGUCAUGGACACCGUCAAGAGGGGUGAGGACGACGAGGAUGUUUCCACCGGUGGGAUUCCAACGAGGAGGCGACGAAGUCUGGUAGUUAGAUUUUAUGACAGUCUUGGUGGGAAGGGGUCUACUACUAUCCAUACGUAUGUUCACCACCCCUAUCCUUCUCGACUAUUGGUUAUGGAAUGUGGGGGUACUAACGCCUUGUGAAUGAAAUAGGAAAUUACCCGUCAAGGCGGUUUACAAGACCAAUAUCCUCGAGGACGAUAUCUCGGAGGUUGCGCUGGCCGAGACUGCCACGGGACACAAGUGCUUCAAGAUUACGCUGAGGCCGUUUGAGAUUGCGACGUAUCGGUUACAGCUCUAGGCGCUGCGGGGGGGAUGGUUUGUGCACUGUGCUUAGUUCUGACAAUGAAGUCAAUGAAAUG